GCUGCUGCUGCUGCUGCUGCUGCUGUUGCACUACUACGAGUUGCCGCCGCCGCCGCCGCCGCCGCGAGUCUCCUCGAUUAUCACGCGACUAACGCACGCACACACGCGGGCCCGGACCGCUGCGCACACACGUUCGUGUUCGGUUUGCGCGGCGAGUGCUAUUGCUGCUGCACGACUUCGACGGCCGCGUUCACUCAACAGCCCGGAACACGCACCAGAACCGCCGGCCGUAUUCGAGUACUGCUUGGACACGCACAACAUCCCUGCGUGAUCAUGUCUGCUUCCAGUGCGCGGUGUUACGUGCCCAGGUCCGUCCUAGUGGCCGUUGUCGCCGCGCUCGCCUCGUGCACCGACGCAGCCACCGUCAUGCUCAAAAUUAAAGACAAUACGAUAUUGAGACCGAAGGGCGCCGUUGACGUAGUUGACGGUACCGCCACGACAGCGAUGAAGGACGGCUCCCAAGCGUUUUUUAGCAAUCAGAACUACUCAAACGUCGCUAACAUUACCGACGACGACGGGACGUCCGGCGCGGACGAAGAAACGCUGUCCGCCGUGUGGUACCUAGCCGCGUUCGGCGGCCUCGUGCUGUUCUUCUUCGUGGUCACGUGCUCCGAGCUGUUCUUCGGCAACCCGAUCUACACGAGGAGCGCGGUCGAGCUGCCGCACGCCGGUUACCUGCGCCGCCACACAAUUCAUUUUCUUGGUUGGUGUUAUGAAAAAUCAAAUAACUGGUAG